GGACUAUAGUUAUGAAACUAUAAAUACUCUACUUAGGAUAGUUGAGCUUUCAUCAGCCAAUAAACUUAAUCAAAACGUACUGCAUUUCUUUUCAACUCUCAAACUCCAAUAUAUUCUUAUUACUUAAGUCAUUACAUUAUAUUACAUAAAUAUAAUCAUGGGAAUCAAGAUUCAUGGAAUCCCUCACUCCGGAGCUACCCUCCGUGUAUUGGCAGCUGCUGAAGAGAAGGAGCUCGAUUUCGAGUUAGUACCCGUAGACUUGAAGUCCGGUGCUCACAAGCAACAACCUUUUCUUUCCCUUAACCCAUUUGGUCAAAUACCAGCAUUUGAAGAUGGAGAUAAUAAGCUCUUUGAAUCAAGGGCAAUUACACAAUACAUAGCACACACCUAUGAAAGCAAAGGAACUUCUCUUAUACACAAAGGAAAGCAAAUGAUAGAUGUUGGCAUUUGGAUGGAAGUUGAAGCUCACCAAUUCGAUCCAGCAGCAAGUAAGCUGUUAUGGGAGCUUAUUUAUAAGAGUUUUUUCGGCAUCGAAAUCGACAAUGCUGUGGUCGAGGAGAACCAGGCGAAGUUAGCUAAGGUCCUUGAUGUCUAUGAAGCUCGUUUGGCAACGUCCAAGUACCUAGGUGGUGAUUCUUUUACUUUGGCUGAUCUUCAUCACUUGCCUGCCUUGCAUAAUUUGAGCGGUACAAAAGUGAAGCAUUUGUUUGAUGAACGCCCCCAUGUGAGUGCUUGGUGCAAGGAUAUCUUGGCUAGGCCUGCUUGGGAAAAGGUCGUGGCUUUGCUGAAGCAAGCUUAAGUAAUUUCCUUUGGACUUUGGUGCUGCAGUUGUUUUUCUUGUUUUCCCUUAAGUUGAAUAUCAUUGCAUGUUGAUGGUUUUACUUUUUUAUGUGAAUCUGUUUGUGAAUUGUACUUUUUGUUAUGAAUAAUAAUACCAGUAGCCAAAGUCUGUUUUUGUUCCCUUAUCAAAUGAAGAAAGUGAGUACUAAAUCUUGUUAUUUUUCA